GCUGAGCCGCUGACGAAUAGGCCAGCCGCCUACUAUUCCCUUCUCUUUCCCCGACCCCAACACUUGCGGUCGUCAAAUCUCGCCGUCCCACCUCGCCGCCGGCGAAACCCGACCGCCCGGCAGGGCAACCGCACCACCGGCCGGAGGCCCGCGCUUGUAGGAUAGUCGGAGAUGGGGAAGAAGCAGCAUAGCAAGGACCGGAUGUUCAUAACUGCCACGGAGUGGGCGACAGAGUGGGGCGGCGCCAAGAACAGGGAGGCCAUCGCGCCAUUCCAGCGCCUCCCCUUCUACUGCUGCGCGCUCACGUUCUUGCCAUUUGAGGAUCCGGUGUGUACGGCAGAUGGAAGCGUCUUCGAUUUGAUGAGCAUAAUCCCAUAUAUUAAAAAAUUCGGGAAGCAUCCGGUAACUGGAGCAGUGCUGAAGCAGGAGGAUCUAAUUCCUCUCACUUUCCACAAGAACACAGACGGAGAGUUCCAGUGUCCUGUUUUAAAUAAAGUUUUCACAGAAUUCACGCAUAUAGUUGCUGUAAAGACUACGGGGAACGUCUUCUGUUAUGAGGCAAUCCAGGAGCUUAACAUUAAGCCAAAGAAUUGGAAAGAGUUGCUAACCGAUGAGCCCUUUGCACGAAAGGACUUGAUAACAAUUCAGAAUCCAAAUGCGCUUGAUACCAAGGUCCUAGGGCAAUUUGAUCAUGUUAGACAAGGCCUCAAACUUGAUGAUGAAGAGUUGCAGCGGAUGAAAGAUGAUCCAACCUACAACAUAAAUGUUGCCGGUGAUCUUAAGCAAAUGAUGAAGGAACUUGGGACUGAAAAAGGAAAAUUAGCUUUUCUGCAUGGUGGGGGAGGACAGAAAGCUCAAAAGGAAAGAGCUGCCGCACUGGCUGUCCUUUUAGCAAAAGAAGAGAAGAGUGACUCAAAAUCGAGCAAAGAACCUAAACCUCCUCAACCAUUCAGUGUUGUGGAUGCUGCUUCGGCUUCUGUUCAUGGCAGAAGCGCAGCAGCAGCAAAAUCUGGCACUGCUGAGAAAACUGCUGCUAGAAUUGCUAUGCACAGGGCAGGGGAUCGGGAUCCUAUAAAUGCUAAAUUGGUUAAAAGUCGUUACACUACUGGAGCAGCUUCACGUUCUUUCACGUCGACUUCCUAUGACCCCGUUACCAAAAAUGAAUUUGAGUAUGUUAAAGUUGAAAGGAAUCCAAAAAAGAAAGGAUAUGUUCAGUUGCAUACCACCCAUGGUGAUUUGAAUUUGGAGCUUCAUUGUGAUAUUACUCCUCGGACAUGUGAAAACUUCCUAACACAUUGUGAAAAUGGUUACUACAAUGGUCUUAUCUUCCAUCGUAGCAUCAAAAACUUUAUGAUUCAAGGAGGUGAUCCAACUGGCACAGGAAGCGGAGGGGAGUCCAUAUGGGGUGGUCAACCUUUCAAGGAUGAACUGAAUUCAAAGCUGCUACAUUCAGGAAGAGGUGUUGUCAGCAUGGCGAAUUCUGGGCCCCAUACCAACGGGUCGCAGUUUUUCAUCUUAUACAAGUCCGCGGCACAUUUAAAUUUCAAACAUACAGUGUUUGGCAUGGUGGUUGGUGGUCUGCACAAUCUUUCAGCAAUGGAAAAGGUUCCUGUUGAUGAUGACGACCGCCCAUUGGAGGAAAUAAAGUUACUGAAAGUUAGUGUAUUUGUGAAUCCUUACACGGAACCAGACGAGGAAGAAGAAAAGGCAAAGGAGGAGGAGAAGAACAAGGAUGAAGAUCAUGAUAAGGUGGGGUCAUGGUAUAGCAACCCAGGGACUGGUGUUUCUGCUUCAACGAGCGCUGGUGGUGGAGUUGGCAAGUAUCUCAAGGCUCGGACGGCUGGCUCUGCUGAUGCCACUGGAAAUGCCGCCACAGCAGAUGAUUCAAGCAAGAAGAGAAAAGCGAGUGCUCCUAGUGUAGAAUUCAAAGAUUUCUCUGGAUGGUAGAUGACGUGAAUUUCCCCUUUCUUCUCGGAAGAAACAGCAGGUUGAAACUUUGUAACAUUUGAGCAUAUGCGCCCAUGUUAUGAUAGUGUAUUAACUGUCCAGAAUGCGGUCUCGCAGCUCACAGCAGAUUUUUCAGAAUCCACAUCUUAGUCAAACACGCAUGCUCAGUACU